UUUAAUAGUAUUAUUCUGGUAAUGAAAUGGUGAAAAUUAAAAUGGGAAAAACACCAUGUUGUGAUAAACAUGAAGUGAAGAGAGGAGCUUGGACACCUGAAGAAGAUGAAAUAUUAGUUGAGUAUAUUAACAAAAAUGGACAUGGAAGUUGGAGAACACUUCCAAAACUAGCAGGUCUCCUUCGAUGUGGAAAAAGUUGCCGGCUUCGGUGGAUAAAUUAUCUUCGCCCUGACAUUAAGCGUGGACCAUUUACUACCGAUGAAGAAAACAGAAUUAUUCAUUUUCAUACCAUGCUUGGCAACAGGUGGGCUGCUAUAGCAUCCCAAAUUCCAGGACGAACAGACAAUGAAAUAAAGAACUACUGGAACACACAACUGAAGAAGCGCGUCACUCAGUCGGGAAAUUCACUAGCGACACAACAGCACCACUAUCUCAGUUCUGAUCAUAUUGUUGUCAAGCCCGAAUCUCCUUCGAAACAGCACAUGAUGCAAUGGGAAAGUGACAAAAUCGAAGCUGAGGCGAAGUUGCCAACAAGUGAAACACAUUCUGAUUACUUUCUUCAACUUUGGAAUUCUGAGGUUGGAAAGUCAUUUAGAAUGAUCAAAGGAAAAGAGAUAAUGUGUCAAAGCACUGUCUCAGAGGCAUCAUCAUCCUCAAAAUUGGAGUCAUGUUCAAACAAUGAUAGCAGUGCCUUGGUAAACAAGUCACAAGAAGAACAAGGUAGUGACUAUAAACCAAAACUUGAAGAUGGCAUAACAGGUUCAGAGUCAGGCUAUUAUGAAUUUCUCGAUUCUUAUGAUUCUGCACUAAAUCGCCUUCUAGACGAUGAAAUUGGAUUCUCAGAACAAAAUGAAAGUUUUCUCAAUACACUUUUUGGUAGAUGUGACUAACAAAUGUAGUCAUACAUUCAUGCGUCGAGUCGUUGGAUAGAGAUCAGAUGACUCAUAAUCAACAAAUCGGAUUAAAAGACAUGUUCAGCGUUGAGUCGUCUUAUCUUCAUCUAACAACUUCAUUUGUAUGACUAAAUCCUUCUUCCUCAUAGUUACCUUAAUCUGAUAUAGAACUUUUGACUUUUUAAGAUUCCUUCAAUUAUUGAAUGUUGUCAGUGUAGUUGAUUUUGCAUAUGUUCUUCUAACAAUUGCUGCUACUUAUGGACUUAAACUCUUUAAUUUUACUUAUGUAUGAUAUUUAAUUCUAAUUUGAUCAUUGAGCC